AUGGAGGAAGAUGUUGAAGAGUUGGCGCGCUACUUGCUCCAUAAGUUAGACUGCACGCCUGCUGCGCAGCGUCUCAUUGUAGGAAUAGCAGGAAUACCAGCCUCCGGGAAAUCGACGUUUUCUCAUCUAUUAGUGGAGCGCGUCAACAGUCUUCUAAGAGAACGUUGGGUUACCAAUUCAACGACCAGCGGAGAAACUCCUGCAAACAUCCAGAACGCAAGUGGUGACAUUGGUUUCCCCGAGCACGAGCAAGCCAUCCUUGUUGGACUUGAUGGAUGGCACCUUUCCCGUGCUCAACUGGACCUUCUUCCUGACCCACGUACAGCUCACGAUCGAAGAGGAAUUCACUGGACCUUUGAUGGUGCUGCAUACAUCACAUUUCUAAAGAAAGUUCGCGAUACCAGCUUUGCUGGUGUAAUCACAGCACCUUCUUUCGAUCAUGCUUUGAAGGACCCAACCCUGGACGCAGUGUCUAUACACCCUUAUCAUCGAAUUGUGAUUAUAGAAGGAUUAUAUGUGUUCCUGUCCAUUCCACCUUGGAGUGAAGGUGGCCUCCUAUUGGAUGAGAGAUGGUUCAUCGAAGUUGAUAAAGCCGAAGCCAGGAGGAGGUUGGCUGUACGCCAUGUGCUCACAGGGAUCACAGAAAAUACGAUUGAAGCCGAGAAGAGGGCCGAUCUCAACGACUUGCCCAAUGGCGAGUUUAUCGUUUCUAACUUGUUAAAGCCGACUAGGGUCAUCCAGAGCAAGCCCAUCUCAACAUCAGUUAGGUGA